GAAUUUCUUUUUUUUGUAAAAUUAAAUCGAACUAGUGCGCUUACGUAUAUGUAUAUGUAAAGGAGUUUGAAUUAAAUGGCACACAUUCUUGAGUAUCCCUCAUGGCAUUGGAACGCAGCUCUCUAAGAUAACGUAAAAUUACAGAGAAUUAGUGACAGUCGUAGUUCGACCGCGGUUGAAGCCUUUCGCGCCACUUCUAAAACUCCCAUAUAGCAUUGAACAAUCUUCGACAAAUAAUGUCUAUAUAGUGAAAGUGAUUCUUAACCGUGACAUUAUGUAAAAAUUUCUAUAAAACGUGAAAUUUCAAAAUUUUACAAUUUUACAAUGUAAUGACAAUUAUUUUUUUAAAAAAACUAGAAAAAAUUAUUGUUUUAAACGUUUUUAAAAAUGAAAACCAAUUCGAUUUAAUUUGAAUGAAAAACAAGUUUUUUCAUCGUGUGUGUGGUCUAAGGAUUGUCGUGAUUCAAGGAUUUUAUUAUUUUAAACGUGUUUAAAGGAGAUAGGAUCAAGGAUAUACAAAGAUGAACAAAGCAGAAUUGAAUAUUGUCCUGCGGGCGGAAUCCCCGAGAAGUUCCACAACCAUGAAUCACUCUCACAUUCCGGUUCCAAAAAUUUCGAGUACAACAAUGAAGUUGCAUGACCGCCUACCACCAAGACGUGGAUCAUUGGAAAAAUCAUCAUCGGCAAAAUCAAUAUCAGUGGCGGCACAACGUGCGGCUUUUGAAAAAUUAGAUGCCAAUGCUGCUAGUCAAAAGAUUCGUAAUAAUUUGAAUUUAUCAAAUAAUGUUGAACUUCGACAUUCUGAAGGGAGAUCAUCACCUGCGAGGAAAUUUGAAUACAGUUCAAAAUUAAAUAGUCCACUCAGUCCUAAAUUAAAUAAUUCACGACUGAAUAGUCCAUGUAGUCCCACUUUAAAUAGAAGCAAUAGUUUUCUCGAGAAUAAAUGGAAAAAUAAAUACGAGGACUCGGAGAAGCGAAGGAAACUUUUGCUACAAAGAAGCGAAUCUGUGAACAAAGAAAAUUCCGAUUUAGGGAAGAAGUAUCAACAAUUGCAGAGGCAAAACAGUAAUCUUCAAUCACAAGUGCACGAUAAGGAGCAAAAACUACAAAAAUUACGGACAGUUUCCGAGGCGGUCUGUAAAGAAUAUGAGCAGCUUAAGAGGCAAUAUGACGUCGAGACAGGAGCAAUGCAUAAAGCUAUGCAGCAAGCAUCUCAAUGGUACAGACAGAAUCGGGAACUUAAGAGAAGGUCUCAAGUGAUAGCACAAAAGAUAUUGGAAUCGAAUCCGGAAGGACUGCCGGAUGUCGAUUUAUCCGAUGAGGUUGACUCAAAUAACGAAGAUCUUGAACAACUUCGAGAAACUGUUCGAGACUUAAGCCAGGAAGUUGCGAAAUUACAAACAGAACUAAAUUCAGCUCGUUUACAAGAAUUCGAAGCACAAGAACAAGUUAUACUUUUAACUUCUCAACUCGAAGAUGAAAGAAUAGCCCGUCAAAGUGAGGAAGAAAAAAUGAGAGAAUUAAAACAGCAAAAAGACAAUUUGGAACGUAUUACAAGAAUGGUAGCUGAAGAGGUGCAAACCUUAAAAACUCAAUGUGAUAAUGAGAGGGAAAAUGCUAAAAUGAUGAAAAUUGAAGCCGACAGAGUUCAAAAGGAGAGAAAUAUUCUUGCACACCAAUCGGCGCUUCUUAUGGCAGAAAUAGGCGACGAGCCAGGAGGAAGGAUGAUGACCGUACUUCAAGAAGUUGAAUCUUUGAAAAGACUAUUAGAAGAAGAGCAACAGAGCCACGCAACUCAGAUUCAACUUCUUCAUGAUAAAUUAGAGGAAAAGGAGUCGAAUGUAGAAUUUGAAAUUGUCGAAGAAAAGCUGAAACUCGCCGAGUCGGAGCUUGAGAUGGUUAUGCAGAAAGCGGAAAGAGCUGAAAAGAGAGCCGCAAACUUAGAGGAAGUCGUGAAAGAUUUGGAAAGCAAAAUAACUGUGAUUGAGGCAAAACGGAAUCAACCUCCGCCACCUCCUCCUCCUCCACCUCCACCACCACCAAUGUUUUCCAAUAAUCAAUCGUCCCUUAAAUUAAUUACUAGAGAGAAAUUAAGUCACGAAAGAGAAUCGGCCGUUAAUGAUAUGGAAAAAAUACUCGGCAUCACCAAGAAACCGACUACGAUUCCACAGCAACCAGCAAUUGAUGACAUCAUUAACCAAAUAAAAGGGGGAAGGUUUACUCUCAAGCACACAGAGAAAGAGAGAGAGGAGGAACGAAAGCGAAAGCAAGAAACAGAAAAGCCGCCAGCAGUUUCCGAAAUGUUAAAUAUUUUAGGAACCAUGAGGAGACGAGCAAAGCCAUUAAGACAGUCUUUCAAAAUAUCAAAUGAUCAGUCAUAAUGUUAUUUUCAUAUAAUUUUACAACAUUCGUGCCAAGAAUUUACAAAUAAUAAUAAUAUAAUAAUAAGUAAUUAAGAUCCUUAGGUUAAGGAAUAUUAAAAAAAGAAAGAAUUUUAUAAUUUAGUUGCAUUUAAAAAUGCAGUAAAUAAUUAUUUUUUACAUUGUACAUUACAUAGUACAGAGACUCGAAUUUUCUACUAGAAGAUAAAGGUCUAAAAAUAAAUAUUUUCCUUUUUACGAGAA